AUGGAUUUAUUUCAGCUACCAGACAGAAUCCUAGACAAAUCUGCUGUGAGAGACAAACAGGAGGAGGACUCUGCAGCCAUCAGAGACCAAAAACAGACACCUGCUGACUUCAGCAGCAUCUUCAGCAAAGAUCUGCUCCCAGCUUCAGGCAGUGAGGAGAUGACCAGAGGAUUUCUGCAGGAGCUGGUUAACAUCCUGCUGGGCUACAUCUGCAGAUCGAGUCAGAGGAGCUCCAAGGUCCUGGACUUUCACCAUCCUCACCAGCUGAUGGAGGGACUGGAGGGCUUCAGUCUGAACCUGCCCGACCAACCAGAGACUCUGGAGCAGAUACUGGUGGACUGCAGAGACACACUCAAAUAUGGCGUCAGUACAGGCCAUCCCCGUUUCUUCAACCAGCUGUCUUCAGGUCUGGAUGUGAUUGGUUUGGCUGGAGAGUGGUUGACCUCUACAGCCAACACUAACAUGUUUACAUAUGAAGUGUCUCCUGUCUUCAUCCUCAUGGAGGAGAUUCUGCUGAAGAAGAUGCAAAGCAUUGUGGGAUGGUCUGACGAUGAGGGAGACGGGAUCUUCUGCCCAGGAGGAACGAUAUCCAACCUGUAUAGCAUCCUGGUGGCCAGAUAUCACUUCUACCCCAAGGUGAAGAGCAGAGGGAUGGGAGCUGUGCCUCAGCUGGCCCUCUUCACCUCAGAACACAGUCACUAUUCAGUGAAGAAAUCUGCAGCCGUGCUGGGGAUGGGCAGUGAGAACGUGUUCAUGGUCCACUGUGAUGAAAGAGGGAAAAUGAUUCCUGCCGAACUGGAGUCUUCAAUAGUUACAGCUGAGAAAAAGGGUCUGGUUCCUUUCUAUGUGAAUGCUACAGCGGGCACCACGGUGUACGGAGCCUUCGACCCUCUCGAUGACAUCGCUGACAUCUGCCACAGACACACACUGUGGAUGCAUGUCGAUGCGGCAUGGGGCGGAGGCCUGCUGAUGUCAGACAGACACAGGAUGAAACUACAGGGCAUUGAACGAGCGUGCUCCGUAACAUGGAAUCCUCACAAGAUGAUGGGAGUCCCCCUGCAAUGCUCCGUCAUACUGGUCAAGAAGAAAGGUCUCCUGCAGGAGUGUAAUGAGUUGGGGGCUGUGUACCUUUUCCAAACAGACAAACCCUAUGAUGUGAGCUACGAUACCGGGGACAAGAGCAUCCAGUGUGGGCGACAUGUCGAUGCCUUUAAACUCUGGCUCAUGUGGAAGGCAAAGGGCUCGGAGGGGUUUGGAUCUCAGGUCAACAAAUGUCUGGAAAAUGCUGAGUAUCUGUAUGAUCAGCUGCAGAGGAGGACAGACUUUGAGCUGGUCUUCAGACACAAACCGGAGCACAGCAACGUGUGUUUCUGGUACAUCCCUCCCAGCCUCAGAGAGCUUCCUCGUGGACCAGAGAGAGACACGAGACUCCAUCAGGUGGCCCCUCGGAUCAAAGGCAGGAUGAUGGAGAAGGGCUCUGUGCUGAUUGGCUAUCAGCCGCUGGGGGACAAAGUGAAUUUCUUCAGGUGUGUGUUCUCCAACCCUGCCACACAGCAGGAGGACGUCGACUUCCUGCUGGACGAGAUCGCCUGGCUGGGUCAUGACCUUUGA